GCCGGUAAUCAUUUUCAGACAUUUCCAAAAUACAUUCAGUCGAAGUUAGACGUAAAUCGCUGCAAGUAAAUAAAAUUUUCUUGAAAUCAAAAUGUCGACCUGGACACCAUUGGAAUCUAACCCGGAGGUGCUGACCAAAUACAUACACAAGCUGGGUGUGUCGCCAUCCUGGGCAAUUACUGACGUCAUCGGUCUGGAUGAAGAAUUAUUGGCAAUGCUGCCUCAACCCGUGAAGGCGCUCGUUUUGCUCUUUCCCAUUAGCGAUGCAUAUGAAAAGCAUCGGGCUGAGGAGCACGAGCGCAUCAAGGCGGCAGCUGAACCUCUAAAAACUCCAGCUGAUCUUUUUUAUAUGCGACAAUUUACACACAAUGCCUGCGGCACUGUUGCCCUCAUCCACAGCGUGGCCAACAACAAGGACAUUGACAUUGGCGAGGGCGUCUUGAAGAACUUUUUGAAGAGCUGCGCCGGUUUGUCACCCGAUGAACGUGGUCAGGCUUUGGAGAAGGACAAAGCCUUUACCGAGGAUCACCAGAUGUUGGCACAGGAGGGUCAAACCGAUGCUGGUGCCUAUGAGACUGUGAUCCAUCAUUUUAUUUCACUCGUCAAUAUGAACAACACACUAUACGAGCUGGAUGGACGCAAAUCAUACCCCAUCGAUCAUGGCAAGACAUCGGAUGAGACUUUCUUGGCUGAUGCUGCUAAGGUGUGCAAGGAGUUUAUGGCCCGUGAUCCGGAUGAUAUGCGUUUCACUGUCUUGGCUCUAACUGCUGCGCAGGAGUAAAGAGACAAGGUAGAAAGCGAUUCACAUCAAAUAUUUAUAUAUGAUCUCCGAUCGAAUACAUAAACCAUAACUAAACUUAUUGUAACCAUUUGUAAGGCCAGUAGAAGCUCUGCUGGUCAUGUUUGCUGGACAUAUAACAAAAUUAAUCUAUGUAUAUCUAUAUACAUUAUUAUAUGAUCUCUGAUCGAACGCA